AUGUCGUACCCUUUGAGGAAAGAAUUUUUUUAUAGAUGGGCUAAGGUCUGGGACUCUGGAUGGAGUAAAGCCCAUCUUACCACCAAGCAUCGAGGAAGUCUGCAUAAAUAUCCACCUCUGUUCUUACCCGCUGCAUGCAGACAAAAAUACCCAUUCAUUCCCAGCAUCAGCCUCAGUAACUUAAAGAUUUCAUCUCCUAGUAAAAGUCGAGGGAUUUGGUUGAGUAAACUCGAACAAGUUGGGGGACAGCCUUUAACUCCUCACCUCCAAAUGACAAAAAAAAAAGAAAAGAAAAGAAAAUCAGUCCAGCUGCUUUGUCCAAUCAAAAGGCUCCCAAUGCUGGGCAAAAGUGGAGACUGCUUGCUUUUGAGCCUCAAACGACUCGUGCCUCCUUCGACGGUACAUUUCCUCUUCUGGAAGCUGGAGCAUGCCUCUAAUCACGUUCAGCCCAAAGCUGCUCUUGAAUUCCUUCUCGUCAUCUAUCACGUGCACAAAUCCUCUAUCGAGCCCAAACUCCACAUAAAAGUAGGGAAAGUUCUUGGGGAUGGACCCACGCAGCCCUUUCUCACUCGUGUCUAUCAACUUCUUUGCAUUGUGCUGGCUCCACUCAUCUUCAGCUUCGUCGAUUGCCUGUAG